CUUCUUAGUUUCUUUCUUCAUCGGUGUUUAAUUUUUUUUCUAUAUCAUUCUCACCUUUUGAUGAUAUCUUUUAAGAAAGAUUUCUGAAUCGAUUUGUUCCUUGUUAUCUCUAAGGUUUCAGCUUCCAUUUGAAGGUUCUUUCUCUUUUGAUAUCUCACUUUAUUCUUCUGUCUUGGAUCGAAUUCGAUGCCAAGAUAUAGAAUCUGAGUGUUGGAGAAAAAGAAAACAAGAAAAUCGUAAGCACCCAGAAUGGACCAGAGUAUCCUAUGUCCGAUCAAAUACACAGAGCACAGGAAUGUUACUAAGAAGUUCACGAGACCGGUGGUGAAAAACAAGAGAGUUUCCGAUGAACGGAGUCACUCCCUGGAUGGGCCGAGAGUCGUACGGAUAUCCGUGACGGACCCAGAUGCGACGGACUCCUCCAGUGAUGAAGAGGGGGAGUUCUAUUUCCGGCAGCGGGUGAAGCGUUAUGUGAGUGAAAUCAAUAUCGAGGACAGUUCCAAGAGCGGGAUUGGUGUUUCUGUCAAUAAGAAGAGAACGGCGACAGCGGUCGCGGAUGUUUCUGAUAUUGGCAGGCCAGUCAAGCUUUCUUUGCAGACGAAAGGGAAGAAGUUCAGAGGGGUACGGCAGCGGCCGUGGGGAAAAUGGGCGGCGGAAAUUCGAGAUCCCGCUCGCCGUGUGCGGCUGUGGUUGGGUACUUACGACACGGCGGAGGAAGCUGCUAUUGUGUACGAUAAUGCCGCCAUCAAGCUCCGUGGGCCCGAUGCUUUAACCAACUUCGCCACCCCUCCGGCUAGAGAAACCGUAGACGAAAAGCCACGGAUUAAUAUGGCUUCUGUUUCCGGCUACGACUCCGGCGAUGAGUCCCACAAUCUUUCUUCUCCGACUUCGGUUCUCAACUUCAGAACAAAUUCCAGUGAGGAAACAGCCGAACCAGAAAAACCGUCAAAGGAACAUGAGGAAGAGAGCAAACCGGUUCCUAUGUUCUCCCAAGACUGUCAAGGAGAACAAACGAGUUUACCAGAUGACUGCGGCGAUUAUUUGCCGAUGGAUUUACCAUUCCUCGACGAGGUUUUCAACAUCCCGAUUCCGGGAUUCUCUCCGUUCGAUGAUUCAUCGGAGAUUUGGCCGGAAAGUAGCGUACUGAGUGAAGAAUUCAGUGACGUGUUACCCAAUCUGCCGCAAGAGUUCAGCUCUUUGUGCUCGUCAUCGUCUAUGUGUCAAGUGGACGAUCAUUUCCAAGACAUCGACGAUUUGUUCUUCUCAGACCCACUGGUGGCUCUCUGAGAGGGAAGAAACGGGGUGAGAAUCACGGUGGUUUUGGUCGCUGAUUCUUCGGCAGAUUUUGGAACGGCAGACACUACCUGACCGGCUUAAUUUUUCUACUAAUAAUAAUGUUUGUUUAGUUGUUAAUUAUGGAUUAUUGUUAUUUAUUUGUUUAGAUAUCUCCGUUAAAAUAAACGGAGGAAUAGGCUGAGUGGAGUUUUGUUGAGAUUUUUAUUUUUAGUUUUUUAUGUUCAAAUAAUUAGUUUCUCGUGUACUAUAUAAUAUGAAGAGUAAUAUGAAGAGUUAAUGGAAAUGUAUAAGUUUUUUUC